AUGAAUUGCCCCUCACGCACUGACGACACGCUCGAGCACUCCGGUUGGAAUCAGAACCCGCCGCUUUUCAGCCCUGACACCUCUACUCGGAACGACUUCAACGGCAUCGCUAAUUCUAAGGUCCACCGCAAGCAUGCAGCCAGCAGUGGUGCAGCGGGGGACGACGGGAUGUCUAUCGAUCAUGGACCGUACAGUCCUGAGCGCAAAGAUCCGGGAAUGGAGAAUGCCCUGGACCGCGACAUGGUCGCUGUGGGCUCGGGGAGUAAACCUCCCUCGAGGGCCAGCGAUUCACCUCGCCAUCCUUUCCAAACCAUCUUGACCUCUUCCGCUAUGUACUGCGUUCGGGAAGUGGCCAAUUUUGUCCGUUUUAUUGGGCCCGGGUUUCUCAUCGCAGUGGCCUACAUCGAUCCAGGAAACUACGCCACAGAUAUUGCCGCAGGUGCAUCAUACAAGUAUUCCUUGCUGUUUGUCGUUCUCUUGUCCAAUUUGGUGGCGAUCCUUCUGCAAUCCUUAUGUAUCAAACUGGGCACGGUGACUGGCCUUAAUCUGGCAGAGAAUUGCCGUGAGCAUCUCCCACGAUGGCUAGUGAUUACUUUAUAUAUAUUUGCGGAAGCGGCGAUAAUCGCAACAGAUAUUGCCGAGGUAGUUGGAUCCGCGAUUGCACUGAACUUGCUCCUAAGAAUCCCUUUGGUAGCUGGAUGUGCUAUCACCUUGGCCGAUGUUCUCUUCUUACUCAUCUUCUGUCGACCGAAUGGGUCAAUGUUGGGGCUACGCCUGUUCGAGCUCUUCGUUGUAGCCCUUGUCUUAGGUGUUGUCGUAUGCUUUUGCAUUCAACUCUCCCUUAUUAGGAACCAAACUGUCGGGGAAGUCUUUCGGGGCUAUUUACCAUCAGCCUCAGUGGUUCAAGGGCAGGGCCUCUACCAAAGUUGUGGAAUUCUUGGUGCCACGGUUAUGCCGCACUCGCUCUUCCUUGGUAGUGGCAUUGUGCAGUCUCGCCUAAAGGAAUUCGAUGUCAAUGCUGGCUAUGUUGAGUCCACGGUAGCCCUAGGAAGCGACGACGACCCCCAAAUGAAAUACCGCCCAACGAUCCACGCAAUUCGCGGUUGCAUGAAGUAUUCGAUCAUCGAGUUGAUCCUGACGCUAUUUACAUUCGCUCUCUUUGUCAACAGUGCUAUCCUUAUCGUCGCCGGCGCUUCCCUGUCCGACAUUGCCAAUAGCAGCAGCGCUGACCUCUUCGGUAUCCAUACCCUCCUGACUCAGUCCAUCGCACCAGCCGCUGGCUUUAUUUUUGCCCUAGCGUUGCUGCUAUCAGGCAUCUCUGCUGGUAUUAUCUGCACUAUGGCGGGCCAGAUGGUGAGCGAAGGGAUGUUGAACUGGAGCAUUCGACCCUGGCUCCGAAGGCUCAUCACCCGUUCUAUCAGUAUCAUCCCAAGUAUCAUAAUUGCGGGAGCCGUUGGCAGGGAGGGUUUGACCCAGACUCUCAAUGCGAGCCAGGUCGUUCUGAGCGUCAUUCUGCCCUUUGUUUCUGCGCCACUGAUCUAUUUCACAUGCUUCAAUCGCUAUAUGACUGUUCGAACGGAGCACUCUGGCGAACGCCAUAACGAGGUUCUAGUGGAAGAAAUCCCAAUGCGAAACCACCUUGUUGUUUCCGUAGUUUCUGUGCUCGCGUGGCUGCUCCUCGCCGUGAUGAAUGUGGCACUACUGGUUCUGGCUGGACUGGGCAAGUCUUGA